CACUGGGGCGAGUCACUGUUGCGGACGACGAAAGCCCGCGGACCGAGAACGUUUUAAUUAUCUAUUGCGAUAAUAACAUUUUGAUAAUAUAUUUUAAAACGGCCGUAGCUUCACACGUGCCUCGCAUUGCGCGUACUCGUAACAGUGUUUCCGGCCGUCAAACACGUCAUAAUAAUAAUAUUACCGUUGUACUGUUAUAUUGUUAAAAGAAUAUGUAACAGGUUAAUCUAUACACUGCGUGCAAAGCGUUGAAUCGAGAUCGUUCUGACCGUCGUAUUAGUUUUGUAUACAUAUUAUAGUCGCAGACGUAUAGGAUAUUUCAUCCACGGCGGGUAAAGCUCAUCUUUGACUGAACGAAGUGUACGACGAAAGCAUAUAAUAUAUACGUCUUCAUCCCAUACCUGCAUUAUCACUUUCCAGUUAUAUAACUAUGCGGGGGUUGUCUUCAAUGAUCGAUGAUACCGGCGGUGGCUGUGACAAUGAUUUUGAUCAGUUUCAAGGAAAUGAAGCAGAAGAUCAUUUUGAACCGUCGUUGUUCACCGAAUAUUCCCCUCUUCCACUACCUGAAGAUGUGCACACUGCUUUCUUGGCCACCAACUUGUUGCUGCUCUACCUGAACCUGGCUAGGCUGUCGACUAUGUCAAUCAGCGACGCACAUCAGCUACCGGUUACCGUCAACGACCGUGACAACCGCACCGACGACGAUAACAAUGGUUCGCCAGUGUCGGCGUCGGCAGUGAGCGUUACUACCGCCGAGGUGCAGGCUACGGCAGAACGGCGCUUGAGCAAUGAACGGUUGCCCGGGGAACCGGGACCGUCAACAGACGACAGGCGACCGUGGCCGGCGGACGCGACAACCUCGGCGGCACGGGUACCGCAGCGACAUCACCGUCAUUAUCGCAGCGACAGUUGCCGGCCACCGCUGCCGACCACUGCAGAGCAACGCCACCGACAUAACCGCACCACCUCCACCGCCGUCGCGCCCGCUAUGAUAACGGUGGCCGCGAGCGGUUCCAGGGCGGCGGCUAGGCCCAAACCGCGGACGCACGGGCCGUCGUCGUCGAUCCCGUUUCCGGUGGACGUGGUCGACAGGCUGCGGUCGCCGAUGGCGUCGCCCUCCAGGCCCAGGCAGUACGGCCGCAGGAGAAGCGUCCAAGACGCCGUCGCCUCGGCUGUGAUGCUGCAGCGACACCACGAGGGGCUCCAGUUACAGACGGCCGUCGCGGCCGCUGGCGACACCGCCGCCGAACCGGAUGCGGGGCAGCUGCACGCGUCCGGCGCCGAUCGGGAUCAAGGACAGGAACCGAGGCUCGUCGCGUCGAUCAGAGCGUACGAGAUGUCGCAGGAGUCUCAAAGUCCAUUAGGCCAAUGGAGCAACAAAUACAGUUCCGUGUUGGCCACGCUUGGCUGUACUUUGGGAGCCUUCAACAUCAGUCGGUUCGCCAUACUCGCAGUACAAUUUGGAGCCAACUUUAUACUACAGUUCCUAGUGUUAUCUUUGCUAGUCGGCAUUCCUCUGUUUACGUUUCAUAGUUCGCUCGGCCAAUUACUAGGCGCCGGGGUCAUGGACAUGUGGAGGAUAUCACCGAUAUUCAAGGGGAUCGGCAUCGCACUGCUCCUGGCCCAAGCGUUCAUCGGCACAUACACCGUGAUUGGCAUCUCGUGGAUGUUUACAUAUUUCCGCGAUUCGUUCAUCACGAAACAGGACGUUUACCGUUGGGCAGAACCUAUCGACGAGUACAAAGAAGAUGGCAUGCCCUGGACUUUAUCUUCAAAUGUCAGUUAUAACAUCGAAGAAACGGUACCGGGUUAUUUUAACGGCAUAGUUCUACAAAGAAAGUACGUGGAAAAACUCGAGAUGAACGACAACUUGUUGAAAUUGCCGGUAGUCAUCAACCUGACGAUCAUAUGGACAAUCGUAUUCAUAUGCUUAAGUAAAGGUCUGAAGUCGUACAGUAAAGUGAUGUGUAUAUUCUCAUUGGUACCGGUUUUCGGUAUGUUCAUGUUGUGUACAAAGAUGUUGGGUUUAGCGCCAAUGAUCGGGUUCCAGCAUCACGAUAUUUUUCCGGAAACGGAUUGGAGCGAAUUUUUCCUCAACACUAAGAGUUGGGUGGCUGCAUUCACCGAGACGUUUCUCACGUGGGGCAUACUCGGCGCGUGCACAAUGCAAAUCACUUCGCACAAUCGACCUAAGCAUUUACUACACAGAGACGCUUCGUUAGUGAUCAUCCUAACAAUAGCCGUACUCAUAUUGGCCGCGUUUUUAGCCAACACAUGCGUACAUCUCCUCGAAGCACACGGAUACGUGUACCUGCCCAGUUCUUUCGAACGGAUGAGUUCCUAUACGUUUCUGUUCAAGCAGAAUUCUGCUCAGGCCCGCAAACAUCUGACGCCCGUACGGUGGAUGCAGCACAGUAGUCUGUUUAUGGGCGAAAGGACGAUGAAGAAUAACGUGCCGGGGAUGCCGCAGGAGAGCGGAUAUCAGGCCAUGCGCUUGGCGACCGAACUGUUUCCGGCCACGUUCGCCAUGAUUGGCGCCAAGAACAUCUCGCCGUUCUGGUCCGUCCUAUUUUAUUUCGUACUCAUCAUGUUCGGCAUUGGACAGCAGAUCGCGAUAUGGCACUGCGUUGUCAGCGGUAUUAUAUCUCUGCAUCCGUUCAAGCUGAGGAAAUGGCGCACAACGAUCACGUUUUUGUCGUGUGCGGCCGCCUUUUCGAUUGGUCUAUUUAUGGCGACUGAACUGGGAAUUUUCAUUGUGUAUUUAAUGGACUACUGUGUCGGAUGCGGUUGGUGGAUAAUGAUACUGUAUUUGUUGGAAAUCGGAGCAUUGUUCAUGGUGCGCGGUCGUCCAUACAGCGGUGAAACGGUAGUGGCAACGUUGUUUUCGCAGGCCAACCAUCACCUGCAGGUGUGGAUGGCGCCGAUGCUUUCGUUCGAUUGGAAUAUCGUCGUGCCGGUGGCUCUGAUCCUGCUCAGCACGUCCGUGUUCAAAAACGGUGGAUACCGAUGGCUGUACAACUGGAAAAGCGUUUCUCAAUCGACUUAUUGGUCGACGUCCAGUCGCGAGUUUGGCUGUUUACUGCAGAUCAUACCACUGCUAAUCGUCCCCUUUGCUGGAAUCAUACAGACUUGCAGGUACCUGGCUACCGGACCACCAGACUUGUUCGACCGGAUCCAGAUGCUGUACCGGCCCGUAAUCGAGACCCGCAGGCCCCCGGAAACCGGCGAGGCGACAUCCGAGGCGGGUGUAAACGGCUCAGCGGCAGUGCAGAUUGAAGACCCGCCGCCCAAGUACACGCCACCGCCGUCGUAUUCCACGGCCACCGGAGCAAGGAUAGCGAAAAUGUUGCGGCAGAGCAUCCGGCGGAGCGUGCGCAGGUUGGCGCACGUGCUCGGCAACCACCAUCAGUCGGCGAUACUCGGCGAGUCUUCGUCGUCCUCGUCGGCCGCGCCGCGAACCGUCCAAACGGCCGCGGCGACCACUUCGUCUUCUCCGCAUCAUCACCACCAGCAGACCACGGUCCUGUCGGCGACGACGACGUCGUCAUCACCGCCGACGGACGCGGCGCAACAGACCGUUUCGUCCACCGCUCCGCCGCCCGACUACACGACCGUGCUGGUCGAGAUGAACCGGGACGACGACGACGACGACGACGUCGUUUCUGUCGCGCGGACCGUCUGCGGCGGCGAAUCGUCGUCCGCGUCCAGUCUGUCCGACGAGCAGAGCACCAGCAUCGAGUGUCUGAUGGAACGGGCCGCGCCCAUCAACGUGGACCGGACGGGACCGGUGGCGGCUGCCGCGGCGACAUCGGCGGCGGCGGCGUCGCACUAAUCCCGCGCUCGCCCGUGGGAAUAGCAAUUUAUUAUAAUCUUAAGAUUGUAAAAUAUUAUGUAAUAAGUAUAUAUUAUACGUAAUAUACCUCUAUCCGCCGUCCGUCUCGAGAAUAGAGUGUUUCGCACUCGGGUCUGCGGAAAUGUAAAUAUAUUUGUGUAAAUAUAGGAAUUCAAUCGCUCGUUUUUUUUUUUACGUUUACAAAAAAAAAAAAAAAUAUAUAUAAAUAUAUAAAACAAAA